AUGGCUUUCCUUUGGCAGCUGCCCCAAAGGCUGCUCCUGCUGGGGACAACUGCCUUGGCUGUGUCUGCCAUUGGGACAGCGGACCUGACAGACCUGUGCGGACAGACGUGGCAGGGGGACGCGCUGCAGCUGCGCUCUCACUCGGCUUCCAGAAAGUUCUACUUCGUGACUCCGGACACUGACUGCAUGCUGUGGCUGCGUGCCAAGGCCCCCGAAGACAGGAUGCGCUUCCAGUUCCGCUUCUUCCUGGUUUACAGCCUGUCCUCCGCCAUCCGGACCACCGCAGCCGCCAGAGCCGCCGGCGCCACCCUGGUCCCCUCCGCUUCCUCUCCCGACCCGUGCGCAUCGGGUUCCUAUCUGCAGUUCUACGACGGCCCGCAGGGGGCGCCCCAGGCCCUGGGACCCCCGACCUGCGGCCUGACCAUCCCUGCACCCUUCAUGUCUUCAGGACCCUGGCUUGGCCUGCGCUUGGUCACCAGGGGCCGCCAACCCCGCGUGGACUUUUUGGGCGAGGUCACCUCUUUCCGUCUGGGGUCCUGUGGCACCUACUUCCGCUGUCGGAACGGCAGGUGUGUGCCUCGGAGUCUGCUGUGUGAUGACUGGGACAUGGACAACUGUGGUGACGGCAGUGACCAGGACUCCAAUCCCCCAGCCAGCUGCAGGGGUCCCUCUGUGGUACCCAAGCAGACCUGGAGGACGGAAGACGAGAGUUUCAAGCCUCUGACUGGCCUUGUGGCUCUCAGCUCCAAAGCUGAGCGGAACUCUCCAGCCAACCUGGCCCCCAUCACACAAGAAGCAUUAGAAGGUCCCUGGCUCUGGUGGGUGGCUCUGGCCUCCUCGAUACUCCUGACCUCCACUGGCCUCCUCUGGUGCUGCUGCUGCUGUCCAGGUUGGCUGAUCUGGCACCCUGCUGUCCACAGGCUCCCCCUCAGACGCUGUGCAGCCUGCAAUGCUUGCCACCUCUGUCCUGGCCGGGUGGCUCCUCGGGGUCUGUCGCUGAGCUGA